ACAGUGAAAAUUCUCUUCCAAACCCAACAGUAUGCAGGACCUGUAUGUCCUUCCCAUAAACACAUGAGAAAGAGAAAGAGAAAACGUGUCCUAGCAUGAAUGCCAUUACAGCCACUGUUCUGAUAACAGUGGCUGACAGCAGAAGCUCCUAAACGCAAACAUUUUUUUAACUCAUUCUAAAUCACAGGAAAUCUUCUUCCAUCUCCAGGAAACUCUGUAAACACUCCACAUGAGUCUUACAGGCAUCAUGACUCUCCUUUAUAUUUCCAUCUUAUGGUUCGCUGCCUGUGUGGGCUCCAUCAGUGCAGAUGAUCACGUUACUGUAUCAGCUAAAGUGGGUUCCACAGUCGCCCUGCCGUGUAAACUGAAGAAUGCGUUCACAGAAACAUCACUGAUUCGGUGGCGCAUCGAUAAUGUGCUUGUGUUUGAGCGAAGCAAUAGCAGUACAGAUGCAGAUUCAGGAUAUAAGGGACGUGUGGAUGUUCCUGAGGAUGAGCUGCGUAAAGGAAACUGUUCUCUGGUGCUGAAGAACGUCAGAAUCACUGAUGAUGGUGCCACUGGUAAUAGUGUCUACAAAUCUUUUGUGAUGGAACACGUGGACAGAAAUAAAGCACCCCCACAAGUACUCAGCAGGGUUAAACUCUCAGUUGACCCGCAGAUCAUAUCAGCUCGAGUGGGUUCCACAGCUGUCCUGCCGUGUGAAUGGAGAGAUCCGUCCAUCCAAACACCUAAUGUUGAGUGGUAUAUCGAUUCUAAGGUUGUGUUUGAGCGAAUGGGUAAAGAGUCAUUUCCAGGUGAAGGAUAUGAGGGUCGUGUGGACGUUCCUGAGGACGAGCUGCGUAAAGGAAACUGUUCUCUGGUGUUGAGGAACGUCAGUGUUACUGAUGAAGCCAUCUAUAAAAGCUCCAUGCUCGUGGAACACACAAAGGAACAGGUCUUGGUCCAGAAAGUUAAACUCUCUGUCUCUGAAAAACCUGAAGAGGGUAAAAAAGACACACAAUCUAACUCAGGUGAAGCUGGAAUAAAUUGCCCUCGCCUGCUGAUCCUCAUCAUUUCCCUCCUUGUGUUUCUUUUCUCGCAUUGAGGAAACAUCAGUGUGAUCUCUGAGUACAGAGACGUCUCUGAGCCCAACAGAGCCACAGUACAGAAUCAACUCAGUUAGGAAAAAGGAAAAAGAAACAAGGAAGAUUUCAGUGUAUGUUUUCUAAAUUUUUAACAGCCAUACCUCUGUGAGGUCCAUCAGCACAUUCCUGUUUGAUCUCCACAUAAAGCUGUGAAGCUGAAACACUACAAUAUCAGCACAUGAGAGAGACUCAGUUUGACCAAGAGCUUUAUACAAAUCAGAGCUCGUAACAGGUGCUGGCUUCUUCUGUCUACUUUAUCUAUUCUUUAAUCCAGUAUCUAUUUUGUGUGUUUUAGUGGAGGUGCCUACAUUUGUUGUUGAUUUGUUUUGUCUAUAGCGGUUCUUAUUCCAUUACUUUUGAACAGGUUGCAACUUCCUGAUACCGAGCCAAAUACACUCCUGUAAUCUAUUCCUUCAGUAUAAAGAAGCUGGAAAAGUUCAGGAGGUGUGUUCACCCUGAAAGGGGACAUAUUGGGAAAAACUCACUUUUUCAGAGCUUGUGCUCCGAUAUCUUGAGCCUGCCAACCUACAAACUCUGAAAUAAGACCAAGUCUGUUUCUUUUUGGGCUGCAUAUUUCAGAAAACGUGUUUCAACAAGAUGUUCAGAUUUGGCUCUCCUUCUUUGUCACAAAUAGAGCUCAUUAGAAUAAUCCCACCCCCACAUAUGAGUAUCUCCACUCAUGGUUUGAGAACUGCCAUUGUGUAUGAAUAUUUAUGAGGAAAGUGUGACCUGAUUGGCUGGUGGAAGAGGGGGUGGGGUGAGCAGUGACUCAUUAUCAUUUAAAGGAACAGGUACUCAAAUCAGCCCAUGGGGGAAGCUAUGAUCUAAUGGUUAGAGAAGCAGCUUUGGAACCAUAAAGGUUGCUGGUUUGAUUCCCUGGACCAGCAAGAAUGGCUGAAGUGCCCUUGAGCAAGGCACUAAAUCCCCACCUGCUCCCCAGGCUGCUCUGGGUAUUUUGUACAUAAUAAUGUAAAAAAGCACAACUUUAUUCAUCACACACUUGUGAAAUUCCUCUCUACAUUUAACCCAUCUGAAGCAGUGAACACACACAUGCAUACCCAGAGCAGUGGGCAGCCAUGCCAACAGCACUUGGGAGUUAGGUGCCUCACUCAAGGCCUUCCCAUAUUAAACUAGCCACAUGUCUUUGAACUGUGGGGGAAACCAGAGCAAACCCACACAGACAUGGGGAGAAUAUGCAAACUCUGCACAGAAAGGCCCCCACCGGCUGCUGGGCUUGAACCCAGAACCUUCUUGCUGUGAGGCGACCGUGCUAACCACUUACACCAUUGUGCUGUCCUAAAGUAGUAGGAAGUUUAAUAAAUAAAAGAACGAAAUCA